GUCACCCUGGAGGCCGUCGUGGACGCGAUCUCGGCCGUAGGCUUCGGCGCCCAGGCCGCCUGCGAGACCUCGGAGCACCCCUCCACCUUCGCGGUCCGCCUGCUCCCCGGAGUUGGCCGGCAGGAGCUGCGAGACGCGCUGGCGGCCAUCCCGG